UGAGCUACACUAUCUAGGCUGCAUCAUAAUUUUGAUGCUGGAGGGGCAAGUCUCUAGUUGCAACUUGAACCCAGAGCCAAGAGGUUAUUUGGGCUUGGAGCAGAAAAGAAUUCAACACUAGAGCCAGAGAAGAGGUUUAAGUGGAAAAGCAGGUUUUAUUGAGUAGAGAGGACAAGCAAGGAAAACCACUCUACUGGACUCUCCUCACCAAAGAAGGACGAUAGAUCCUAACCAUCUCUACAGGAAAGGCCGUUGUUUACCUUGUGGCUUUUCAUCUGUUCUUUGUUAUGUUUGUAUGGUCCUAUUGGAUGACAAUUUUCACCUCUCCCGCUUCCCCCUCCAAAGAGUUCUACUUGUCCAAUUCUGAAAGGGAACAUUAUGAAAAAGAAUUCAGCCAAGAACGUCAACAAGAAAUUUUGAGAAGAACAGCGAAGGACUUACCUAUCCACACCACAUCAGGCUCAAGGACCAUCAGAUAUUGUGAAAGAUGUCAGUUGAUUAAACCUGAUCGGGCGCAUCACUGCUCAGCAUGUGACAUAUGUAUUCUUAAGAUGGAUCAUCACUGUCCUUGGGUGAAUAACUGUGUGGGAUUUUCUAAUUACAAAUUCUUCCUGCUGUUUUUAUUGUAUUCCCUAUUAUAUUGCCUGUUCGUGGCUACAACAGUUUUACAGUACUUUAUAAAAUUUUGGACGCUUUGCCGCAGGAAGUCUACACAGAGUUGUCCAAAGAAUGAACUCACAGAUACACGUGCCAAAUUCCACGUACUUUUUCUUUUCUUUGUGUCUACAAUGUUCUUCAUCAGCGUCCUAUCACUUUUCAGCUAUCACUGCUGGCUAGUUGGAAAAAAUAGAACAACAAUAGAAUCAUUUAGUGCACCCACAUUUUCAUAUGGACCUGAUGGAAAUGGUUUCUCUCUUGGAUACAGUAAAAAUUGGAGACAAGUCUUUGGCGAUGAAAAGAAAUACUGGCUACUUCCAAUAUUUUCAAGUUUGGGUGAUGGUUGCAGUUUUCCAACUCGCCUUGUGGGAAUGGAUCCAGAACAAGCUUCUGUUACAAACCAAAAUGAAUAUGCCAGAAGUAUUGGCUCAAAUCAACCCUUUCCUAUCAAACCACUUAGUGAAUCAAAAAACCGAUUGCUGGACAGUGAAUCUCAAUGGACAGAGAAUGGAUCUGAAGAAGGUACUGUCAGAUCAGGUUUAUAAAAACAUGGACUGAUAUUUUCAGUAUUAUUUGCAAGAAAAUUAUCAAUGGGAUCAAAUAAUUGAAGUAAAACAGAAGAUAUAUUUUUUCAAAAAAGGAAGCCUUUGUACAGAUCCCUGGAUCCACAGAAGCGCUACUGCAGAGCAGGAAGAUGCCUUAAUCUUAAGUCCAGAAUUGACUUAAAGCUGCAAAAGUGACUUGAUUUUACUUUGCAAAUAACACUUAUUGUUAUGAAAUGCUAUAAUAUGUCGGAUCACAUGUUAACAUGGCAUAUGUAUUUUUUUUUGAUACCUGAGUUACAUUAUCGGAGUUGUUUCUUGGUGUCUAUAUGAAUUUUCACUCCAGAAACAGAAGCUAACAAAUUCUCUUAAGUAAAGAACAUCUAGGAUAGCAUGGUGGCUGAAACUGAAUAAUAAUAUCCAAAUUACUGUUGCUUGUACUAUCUAGGGAAAAGGAAAUGACUGCUUUCUAAAAAUUGGGUGUUUGAUCAUUUAUAAGUACUGUUUUAUACUUUUCAACAUUUUUAAUAAAGAUUUUUUAUUGUUGGCUAUACAAUAACACUCAGAAGGAUUAAGAUAUCUAAAUAUAAUGAUUUACAACAUGGAGCACAUUUGUAUAAUUCAUUGAAGGUUUAGUUCUAAGCAUUACUACAACAAUGUUGUAUAGUGUUGUGCCCAAGGCUUAAAGGAAACUUGGCAUUAUAAAAAAUACUUUUGUU